AAUACGACAUGACACCAUAGUCACCAUACUGAUCCACCCAAAGACAGAUUGUUUGAAGUUGCAAAUUUUCGUUUUUAAUAAUUAUUUUGAAAUGGCAACAUCCACGCUAAAACAGGAAGCAUUAGAAAGGAAGAAGUUAUGAUUUUGUUCAAGCAAGGUACAAAUGCAGUUAGCAAUAAUUAAAAAGAAACAGUGCGAUGGUAAAGCUUUGAUCAUUGUUGAACAGCUUUUAGAACCUGAUAUUCAUCCUGAGUGGCUUUUGUAUAAUCUAAGGUAUAUUAAUAAAAGUCAUAUGGAAGAUGUAAUUGAAGAAAGGUCCAUAAUUAAAUUAUGUGGCUAUGUUUUAUGUCCUAAUGCAUUAACAUCUGUGGUCAAUCAAAAGUACCGUAUUUCAACAAAGGAGAAUAAAGUUUAUGAUGUAACUAGACGUAAAAAUUUUUGUAGUUCACAAUGUUAUGGAGCAUCGAAUUACCUUUUAGAACAAAUGUUAACAAGUCCACUUUGGCUAAGAGAUAAAGAAGAAAUACCAGAAUUUAAACUUUUGCCAGAUGAGUUGAUAAAAAGUGUACCUGGAGAUGAAAUUCAUGUCUGGGAUGUAAAUAUAACAUUAAAUUCUAAUAGCAAUGAAAAAGCUGAAGAACUAAAUGAAAUAUGUAAAGAUUUAAAAGAAGAACCUUUGGAUAAAUUUUAUACAUAUGAUGAUUGCCACAUGGUAAAAAGUUCUCAAACAAUCAAUGAAACCAAGGAAAUAAAUGUUAACAUUGAAACAGCAAAAGUCACGGAAAAACUAUCUUCAUCAAGUUUUGAUAAAGAUCCAGAGUAUAUGAAAAGCGAAUCCAUUAAUUUACAGGAUACAGCUAUUAAUUCCAAACAAUAUGUAAAUGAUGAUACUAACAAAGAAAUUGGUACUUCAGAAAAUGUUAUACUGCUGGAUCAUUUAGUACCUUCAGAUGUUACAGUACUAAAUAAUGAUACUAUUUCCUUAAAUGAAGACAGAGAUUUGAAUAAGAUUAAUAAUGAAGAACAAAGUAAACUAUCUAAAGUAUUACAAACGAAAUGUAAUACAACUGUUUUUAAACAAAACACUAACAUUGAUAGUAGCCAUCUUAUAGCAGACAUAAAAAUGAAUAAAUAUAAGAAAGAUAAACAAAAACAUCGUGUUAAAGUAAAACAAUCGUGUGAAUUUUAUAAUCUUGCAAUGCAUAUUGAAUGUAAUUUAAAGGAAUGGAUUACUGAAGAUACUCUUUGUCUAUUAUCAGGAGAGGAAGGCAUUAAACAGCAGUUAAUAGAUAAUGUAAUACAGCAUGACAGAUACUUGCACUUGUGUAAGAAGCUAAAUAAAUUACAAUUAGAUGAUGAAAAAGACGAUCGUGUAGAUUUAACUAAAAGUACUUUAAAACCUUUACCACAUUUGUCUGCUCUCCAAGAAGAAGGAAAGAAAAUCGAAUUAAAAGUGCGAGCAUUCUACAAAGGUGAUAUGGUUAUAGAAACUCCAAAAAAGGCUACAGAAGAUACAGAGCAGAACGAUGAGUUUGUUCCAGUGGUACCUUUAACAGAUGGGCACGCACCUAAAGCGCUUAGGCGUAGAAUAUUUUUGGAUAAACUUCAUAGGAUAUUACCCGAUUUAAUACGAGCUUUAACCGGUAGUGGGUUAUCACAACAUACUUACAGUAAUGCUUUAAUUAAAGCAUUAGUUAACACUUUUUCAUUGUCGGCUACCAAUAUUAUUUUUAAAACUGCUGAAUGGACUCUCGUUGGUCUCGUCAUUAUUAAAAUGUUGGGCAUGAUAGAUCCACAAUUAAAAGUGUUAUUAUCCGGUAGACAGGCGUCAAUGUAUAUUUCCAUGAUUUUAAUGUCAUAUAAAUUGGAUUCAAAUUAUUUGGAUAGAAUUGUCGCGGAACUGACUAGUAAUACAAAAGUAGUUGAUACAGAUGAUACUAAUAAUUUCUAA